UUUUAGAUGGUUCCUUCUUCACUUCUCUUCUCCUCUUAUAUUAAUAAUCCUAACCCUUAGCCUUCCUUCAAUACUUCAUGAGUUCAUGUUCUUCCAACUAGUCAUCACCUUCUCUCUAUCUCUAUAAAAAACAAUGAGGCUGGAAGAACACAAAUCGCCAACCUCCUUUUUGAAGCUCUUCUUCAAAGACCAAUUGGGUCUCCUAAACUUUCUCUCUUAUUUCCUCUUACUUGGUUUUGGUUUAGCCCUUGGAGCCAUAGCUUGUUUCUCUUUGAUCUAUAACAAGUCUCUCACUUUUCAUGACAUUCAAUUCUCUGUCUUUCCACCACCACCACCACCUGCGGUGGCGGCUCCGGUAACUCCUCCUCCACCACCACCACCACCACAAGAGCCAUCAGUUUUUAUGGUAUCUUCUCUAGAAAUGAAUGAUACAAAGGUUGAGCAAGAUGGAUUGAAAGACUACUUGGAAAUACCUAAGGUCAUGCAUGGGAUGAGUGAUAAGGAGUUGAUAUGGAGAGCUUCAAUGGUUCCCAGGAACCAAAAGUUUUCAAACAAGCAACCCCCAAAGGUUGCUUUCAUGUUCUUAACAAGAGGUUCAUUGCCAUUAGCUCCUCUUUGGGAGAAGUUCUUCCAAGGACAUGAAGGGCUGUAUUCUAUUUACGUGCAUUCCAAUCCAUCCUACAAUGGAUCGAUAGAACCAGAAGGUUCAGUUUUUCAUGGUCGAAGGAUACCCAGUAAGGAGGUGCAAUGGGGAGAGUUUAGUCUGAUUGAAGCAGAACGCCGCUUACUAGCCAAUGCACUCCUUGACUUGUCAAACCAAAGAUUUGUUCUUCUAUCAGAGGCUUGUAUACCCCUCUUCAACUUCUCCACCAUCCACUCCUACCUGAUUGGUUCUACUAAGACUUUUGUGGAAUUAUAUGAUGAUCCAACCGUUGUUGGCCGUGGCCGGUACAACCACCAUAUGAAACCAAUUAUCAAUCUCCGGCAAUGGCGAAAAGGGUCCCAAUGGUUUGAGAUUGACCGUGAACUUGCGAUCGAGAUUGUCUCCGACCGUAAAUAUUUCCCACUGUUUGGUAGAUUCUGUAAGGGAUCUUGUUAUGGAGAUGAACAUUACUUACCAACUUUUGUGAACAUAAGAUUUCCUGAGAGGAAUUCAAAUAGGACUUUGACAUGGGUUGAUUGGUCAAGAGGAGGUCCACACCCAACCAAGUUUUUCAGAACAUAUGUGACCAUUGAGCUGUUGGAGAGGCUGAGGAGUGGAACUGCAUGUGAAUACAAUGGCAAGAGGACACACAUUUGCCAUUUGUUUGCAAGGAAGUUCUUGCCCAACACUUUGUACAGGUUGAUGAUGUUUGCCCCUAAGGUAAUGAGUUUUAACCCUUGACAUAUGAGAUGUAAAUAUAUACAAGGUUUGUAGUUGACCCUUUAUUUGUAUCUUCCUUAAUAGCUGCAGGCAUGGCUAUAUUCUUUAUUUUUUUAUUUUUUUUUGGAUUUAGAAGUCUUGGAGAAUAAAAUUUAUAGGUGAUGAACAUAUGGGGUUACAAAACCCUUGUAGGAGAAAUUUAUUGGAGUGAGUUCUAAGAAUGACUGGAAAUUUCUCUU